AUGAGUCGCAAUUUCUUCCCUGCAAUUUUCGCUAUUGGCGUGGGUGUCUUCACAGGCUACUAUACCUUCCAACCGACAUUCCAGCAACUUCAAUAUGAGAAAGAGCACGCUCAAAAGACCUCACCUCCGUCUGAUCCUCUUGCUCUGAACCAGAACACCGACGCUCUCCCCAAAGCCAGCUCUCAGCAAGAUCCCAAGUCGGCGACUCAAUGA